UGUUGCAGCUAUUAAAACGGUCAUCCUCGGCGUUCGCCGAUUGAAUAGAAACGCGACGGAAACGCGAUACGGGUCCCAUUAAUGCUAUCUAAUUUGACGCAUCUUCGCCUAUAAUAAACAUCAACGUUAUACGUUAUAAACCGAACCUGAUGUAAAUGACCUAACGCGUCUAUAGCUGACCGGGAGAUAAACCGGUCCCAAUUAUCACCGAUAUUGCUGAUACCAGAAGCUGUUACACCAUCUAUUUACUGUAUGUAAACGCUCCAAUACACUAUAUUUAAGCUAAAACAUAUAUUUCCGAAUAAAUCGUGUGUAUUCGAUGUAUUUAAUGAUAAAGUGGGGUUAAAGUUCAUUAUUUGAGUUAUAUUCGCUGGAUACCAUGGAGUUAAAACGUGUAUUUUUGAUAUUAAUACUUAUUUAUUUUGGGAUUUGUGAAGAAAUUGGUGAAAAUUUGAAUGAAAAUGAAUUAAUUUUGGUUGAAAUUUUGUUUAGACAUGGAGCCAGAACAACAUAUAAAUUUUAUCCAACUGAUCCUCAUCGAAACAAAUCAUUUUAUCCUUAUGGAUUAGGAGGUUUAACUAAUGAAGGAAAAUUAGGGGUUUACAAUCUUGGGUUGGCUUUAAAAAGCACUUAUGAUUCAUUUUUAGGGAAUUUUUAUCACGAGGAUUUAAUCGAAUUAAGAAGUACUCACUUUACAAGGACUCAAUCGAGUGGAUUAUUAGUUUUAGCAGGGAUGUUUCCUCCUAACUCAGAGGAGAAAUGGCACCCAACCUUAAAUUGGCAACCAAUUCCUAUCGUGGUAAAACCUAAAGACGAGGAAGAUCUUUUAAGUGCAACAGUUUGCCCUUAUAAAUCGAAAAUGUGGAAUAAUCUCCCAUCUAUACAAGAAGUUCAAGAAAAAUUUAUUACCCCUUAUAUGGAAACAUUCAAAUAUAUCGAAAAGCACUCAAAAUUUCAAAUAAGAAAUCCCCACGAUGCUAUAGAAAUGUAUUUUAUACUUUCAACAGAAUCGGAACAAAAUCUCACAUUGCCCGAUUGGACGAAGUCGAUUUAUCCAGAACCACUCACAUCAAUAGCAUCUCAAGUGUACGGUUAUUGGAGUUAUGGGGAGGAUUUAAAAAAAAUUAAUAUCGGUUAUUUUUUAAAAAAGAUUCUCAACGAUUUCGACCAAAAAAUUAAUGCUACUUUGAAACCAAAAUCAAGAAAGAUGUUUUUAUACUCGGGUCACGAAUCAACGUUAGGUUAUGCGUUGGAUGGUUUAAAUCUUUUCGAUUCCAAACCUUAUAUCCCUCCCUAUGCAAGUGCAAUUAUCUUUGAAUUAACAAAAAAUAAUAAAGGAAAUCAUUUCGUUUCUGUGAAGUAUUUAAAUGAUGAAAUUAAAACUUUAAAGAUCCCUAAUUGUGGGAUUAAUUGCCCGAUUGAGAAGUUUAAGGAAUUAUACAAAGAUUUAAUUCCCGAUAUUGAUUUCAAAACGAUGUGUAAUAAAGAUGUAUUUACUUAAAAAUCGAUAUCAUAUCAAGAAUAGCAUUUCCAUAUGGACAUCUUGGAUAAAGCGAAACGCAAUCAACUCCGUAAUAACCAGCUUGUUGAGCGUUGACGUAUUCUUGGUCUAAAUCAGGAUCAACUUCUCCAUCACCGUAAUCGGGACUAAAAAUAAAUUAAAAAUUAAAUUAAAUAAAUUUCUUUUGAUUACUUACGAUAAAAAAAUGUGUAAAAGCCUCCCAUAUAGUCCAUUAGCGUUAUGAUUUAAUGGAUGGACUGCGUUAUCGCAGAUACUUCUUAGAAGGCAUUGAUGUCCGUCGAAUCCAUAUCUAUAAAACAAAAGUAUUCAAUAUAAAAUUUGUAUGAAA